ACAUCCGGAUCCUCCAUGGAGCGAGCCGAGCAAGUAGUCGACGCAGCUAACGUAGUACCGUACUGCUGCCUUGAUUUGAUGAUCACGGCGUCGUGAACGAACACUAUUGCUUGCGAUUAACCCGUGUGGCUGAGCUCACCAGCAUGGCUCCCGGUGGUCCUGCGGACAAAAAAAAUAAUGUCCUUCCGUUAUGGGGCAACGACAAGACGAUGAACCUGAAUAACUUGAUACUCACAAACAUACUGUCGUCACCGUACUUCAAAGUAAACCUCUACAAGUUAAAGACAUACCACGAAGUUGUGGAUGAAAUUUAUUACAACGUGCAGCACUUGGAGCCAUGGGAAAAAGGAAGUCGAAAGACAUCGGGCCAGACUGGCAUGUGUGGAGGGAGAUCAUCCGUACAUGUACGGGGAGUUGGAGCAGGGGGGAUUGUCUCCACUGCAUUCUGCAUCCUCUACAAGCUCUUCACACUUAAGUUAACUCGCAAGCAGCUGGUUGGUCUAUUGAAUCACUGCGAUUCUCCUUACAUCCGUGCACUGGGGUUCAUGUACAUCAGGUUCACACAGCCACCUGCAGACCUUAUUGAUUGGUAUGAACCGUACCUUGAUGAUGAUGAGGAACUGGAUGCAAAAGCAGGCGGUGGCCAGAUGCUGCGUAUCGGUGACAUGCUGCGCCAUAUGCUCACCAAGCUGGAAUGGUUCACCACCUUGUUCCCUCGAAUUCCUGUGCCUAUCCAGAAGGAGAUUGAGCGCAGGCUUUCCUUGCGCCCGCCUGUAUUGGCCCCAGCAACCCAAGCUCCAAAUGCUGAGCCAGCAGCCACCAUAACAGAAACUGCUGCUGCAAGUGAGAGGGCACUAUCACCGGAACCAAGACGCAGGAGGAGCCCCCAUGCACGUGAGUCCCCCGGCAGCCGUGAAGUAUCACGAGAUUCUAGCUGGGACAGAGAGCGACAGAGGAUACGCCGUAGCAGAAGCAGAGAACGCCAUCGGGAGCGACAUCAUAGGAGCCGAAGCCCACGGGAUGUGCGGCCACACCACAGCCAUGAGAGGCCACGUGAUGAGAGAGGACGUGAAGAGUGGCCACGUGAGGAAAGGGCUCGUGAUGAAAGGUCUCGUGAAGACAGACCACGUGAGGACAGGUCCCGCGAGGAUAGACCACGUGAUGACAAGCCACGCGAGGAAAGGUCACGAGAUGACAGGUCACGUGAAGAUCGGUCUCGAGACGAUCGGCUUCGAGAUGAAAAAUCUCGGGAAUUGGAUCGCCGUAAAGAGAGCACAAGUCAUCGUCACCGAUCCAGCCCUGAACGCAGCAGGCAUAAUGACCGCUCUCGAGAACAUACCUCUCACGAUCACCGAACAUCAUCGCGGAAAGAACGUUCCUACUCACCCAUGACUAGGAAUCACCACAGAUAAAUAUGUUUUU